GUCGCGCCCACAGCCAUGGCGCUUCCUGGCUGCUCCGUCUUCUUCCUUGGUGUCGUGUCGCUGUGCGGACUCCUCUGCUGGUACUUUCGCUGCAGGGUAACGGGGAGGCCGUUUCCGAGCAGGAGGCUUUUCGCGAAGCUUAUGGCCCGGACGGAGAAGCCGCUCUUUCGGAUCGCGUACACGCUUUACACCAGGACCAAGCUGGGGUACAUGUUCUACAAGCGCCAGGUCCGCAAAGCGCACGAGCGCUUCCCAGCCGGUCACUCCAGCGCGCACCCAGUGGAAAUCAAUGGUAUUAAAAUAAUGCCGAUUCCCGUUCUUACGGACAACUACAGCUACUUGGUCAUUGACAGGGAAGCAAACCUUGCUGUUGUCGUGGAUCCAGCCGACCCACAAACCAUACAGGCAUGCCUUGAAAGUGAAGGGGUGACUUUAGAAGCAAUCCUGUGUACACACAAACACUGGGACCACAUUGGCGGCAACAAGGCCCUGAAAAAACUCCACAGCCCCUGCAGGGUGUAUGGCAACCCCGUGGACAACAUUCCAGGCCUGACACACCCUCUCUCGGACAAAGACUUCAUCGAGGUGGGACGCCUGAGCUUCCAGGCCCUCUUCACUCCUGGGCACACUGUGGGUCACAUGAUCUACCUCCUGGAUGGCCAAGCGUUCGGUGGACCCUGCAGUCUAUUCUCGGGUGACCUGCUGUUCCUGUCAGGGUGCGGGAGAAUGUUUGAGGGCAGUGCAUCCACGAUGCUGUCAUCGCUGGAUAUCGUGGGCGCUCUCAGUGAAGACACCCUUUUAUGGCCUGGUCAUGAAUAUGCAGAAGACAACCUGAUGUUUGCUGCAGAGGUGGAACCACACAACUCUGCCAGGGAAAACAAGUUUGAGUGGGUCCAACAACAGAGGCGUCAGAAGUUAUGUACGAGUCCAUCCACCAUCCAGGAGGAGAAGGAGUACAAUCCGUUUCUGCGGAGCCAUUCUCCAGAACUGCACCGAUCUCUGGGUCUCCAGCAGGAGCCGGACGAGGACUGGGCCCACUUCAGGGCUCGCGUCCUGGAGGAGUUACGCAGGCGUAAGGACAUCUACAAGGGGAGAUAGGUGCUUGAGUGCACCUGGAUGCCUGGAAUCCAGGAUGAGAUGCUGCUUGAAAAAAGGAUGGUGGAUUACAGCACUACCCAGUCUUCACAUGCCAAAUGAUUUUGGUGUCUUGCCAUGAAAUGAGGUGUCUUUGACACUUCUGCUCUUAUUUUGGAUUUAUAGUGGACUGAGUCCGUUUGAGUUUGCGUUUAUGAAAUAACAUUUGACUUCAGAGUGAGCAAAUGACAGAUACACUAGUCGUAACAUGUAUUAUUGUUUAAAUCAUAACCAUGGAUGACAAUCUCACUUUAUACAUAUGAGUGAUAAUUAGCUGUCUAAACGAAAGCUAUGAAUGAUUCCUUUGUAGAAGCUUUUGAACCCGCUGAGAGAUUGACUAGGGUGAUUUGUUGAACUUAGAUCUUGAGCAUUUCUAAGAACCGGUUGUCUAACCUCAAAGCACAGAUAACUUCGUUUGCUAUGGCUGCCUGUUUUUAAAGCGAUUUUUUUUUUUUUUUUAAUCAAAUGGGUUCUUUUUACAAAAGUGGAAAUAAAUUAAUUCCGUUGAUCGUGGAAACGCACCAAGUAUUUGCCUGACAUGAAAUGGAAUUCUGUGUUGCCAUAGAAGCUACAGACUUGUAUGUUGAUGACCGGAUACUACAUGCAUUUUUCACGUGUUCCUCAUGUACGAUCAGUUCUUUGUGAGCUGAUAUUUAAAGGGAACUAAAUUAUUUUGCUUACUGCACUAAUUCACUCAAUUUUGAUGCACUGGUGUACAGAUAUGUACAGGAGUCACGUGAGAUAUAAUGAAUCACAUAUGAUUUCAUUAAGAUGUUUGACUGAGCUUGUUUUUUCCUCCUUGUGCAUAAAGGUAUGAAUAAAACGGGUGGUGGCCAGUCUUAUUCGCAAAGGCCCAGCCUAAUUGGAUUGCCGAUUAGAGGUGUGAUUGGCUGAAGAGUCCUCACACCUGGGUUUGAACAGCUGACCUAAAGGUUACCCCAAAAACCCGCAUACAUGCUGGCCACCCCCAAAUGAAAUGGUGACCAGAGGUGGAAAGUUCAGAUCCAGAAAAUACAAAUCCAGACCAAGAUUUUAUUCAAUUCAACCAGCCAGUUGAAUAUGAUGAGUCACAGUCACAGAGUACUCGGCUGAUUGGUUAAAAUAUAAUCUUGGAUUUACUUUUAUUUAGUUUCUAGACCUGAACUUUGCACCUCUAAUGGUGCCAUUCCGUUAAAUAAGUCCUUUGCAGUGACACAAAGCACAGAGUGUGGUUUUAUUAUGUACAGUGUUUGCAUAAGACUGUUGAGUAUGUUUUAAAAAUUUGACUUUUGAUGAUUAACAAUAAACCGUUUGUGAGGAUGGUU